AGCCUCUCAUUGGCCACAAAUCUUAAAGAAGAUCUAUCUAACAACAGAGUAGUUCCUAUGAAAUGAAAGGAAAUGAGAAACUUUUUCGCCUCUCCCUCUCUAACCUUAAUGAACUAAAUCCAUCAGAAUUACCGCCACCAUUAGAUUUACAUGUACUAAACGAACAAAAAGAUCAAAUCUUUGUCGAUCAAGAUCAAGAACCAGCCAGAAUUGAGUGGGAUUUCUCUCUCUCCGCCGUCGUCUCUUCCUCUUCCGCCGCCGGCGCUGUCUCAGACACGCUCGGAGUCGUCGAAUUUGACCAAUCAAAUACCCUCUUUGCCACCGGUGGCAUCGCCCGGAAAAUUCGGGUCUAUAACUGGACUUCUCUGUCGACCGAUGUAAACGCACCCGAGCAUGCCGGCGCGUGCGAUUACUUCAUCUGCACUCCGGCGAAGCUAAGCGGUUUACGGUGGAAGCCUCAGUCGUCGAGUCGGGUUAUCGGAUCGUGUGACUACGACGGAGUUGUAACCGAAUAUGACCUCGAGAAACGGGUGCCGGUUUUCGAAAGAGACGAGCACGGUGGUCGUCGGGUAUGGGCAAUGGAUUAUUCUAAUUCGGAUCCGGUAAUAGGCGGGUCGGCUUCCGACGACGGGUCAAUGCAAAUGUGGGAUACACGAUGCGAGGGUGGGAAUUCCAUCGCGAUAAUCCGACCCGGGAAUCCGAACUGUAGCUCGGUUUGUUCAGUUGAAUUCGACCCGUCAUGUGGGCAAUUGGUUGCCGUUGGAUGUGCUGAUCGGAAGGCCUACGGGUUUGAUAUACGUAAACUGUCGGAACCGGUUUUCCGGCUCCAAGGGCAUAACAAAACGGUGGCUUACGUAAGAUUCAUCGAUAAUGAGACGAUAGUGACGUCGGGUACUGACGGAUGUUUGAAGCUCUGGCGCACAGCGGAUCAGAGCCUGAUUCGGACAUACGUGGGCCAUGUUAACACCAGAAGAUUUGUGGGCCUAUCUGGAUGGAGAAGUGGUGGGCUAUUGAGCUGUGGGUCAGAAAAUAAUAAAGUUUUUGUGUAUGAUAAAAGAUGGGGCGAGCCCAUUUGGUGUAACGGCAUUGGGACCGACGACCACCACGGCGGCGCCGCCGCCUUCGUCAGCUGUGUCUGCUGGCGGCAGACGACGGCAGCAGCUGAGGAUCAAUGUACGCUGGUCGCCGGUGGAUGGAAUGGUGUUUUGCAUGUCUAUCAAGGCAAGAGAAAAAUUAUUCAUUCACUAAACUAGCUAUAUAGAGAGAGAGAGGGGGUAAUAUUAUUUAUUUUAUUUUCUACAUUAAUUUAAUAUGAAAUCUAUAAUUAUAUAUGGUUUGUUGCAUAAAAUUAGUUUCACUACCA